AAAGACAGACUGCGGGGCGCCUGGAAACCGGUCAGAGAGCGAGCGAGGGAGAGGAGAGGGAGCGAGUUGAGGGAUUGACACAAAUGGUCAGGCGGCGGCGGAGAAGGAGGCGGAGGCGUAGGGGGGAGCGGAGGCCGCUGGGCUGCGGAGAGUUGCGCACCCCACCCGGCCGCGACCACUAACGCGCGCCGCCAGCCGGGAGCCAGAGCGCCCAGGGCCAGGAGGGCGGGACGCGACCCCGGCGCGCCCGAGCCACCCGGGCUCUCCCCGCCGCCUGCACGCGCGCUUCAUGCACCGCAAGUUUCCGCGGCGGCGGCGGCGGCUGCGGGACUCUGAGCAGAAGCCGGGGCGGCGGGCCGUGGGCGGCUCGGACUCUACGGAGGGCACCGCCGAGGAGGAGGAGGAGGUCUCCGGCCGCAGCCAAGCGGCGCCGAGAAAGUAUGGCUGAGGAGGAGGCGCCUAAGAAGUCCCGGGCCGCCGCGGGCGGCGAGAGCUGGGAACUUUGUGUCGGGGCGCCCCCGGCCCGGCCGGCUGAGGAGGGGAGCGGGGACGCGCGCGGCAACCGCCGGCCCCCGGCUGAACCCGGGCGCUGGGCGCGCCGGCUGCUGCUCUUGCUCUGGCUGCUGGAGGCCCCGCUGCUGCUGGGGGUCCGAGCGCAGGCAGCGGGCCAGGGACCCGGGCCGGGGCAGCAACCCCCGCCGCCGCCGCCGCCGCCACCGCCGCCCCAGCAGCAGCAGGGCGCGCAGCAGUACAACGGCGAGCGGGGCAUCUCCAUCCCGGACCACGGCUACUGCCAGCCCAUCUCCAUCCCGCUGUGCACGGACAUCGCGUACAACCAGACCAUCAUGCCCAACCUGCUUGGCCACACGAACCAGGAGGACGCGGGCCUCGAAGUACACCAGUUCUACCCGCUGGUGAAGGUGCAGUGCUCCGCCGAGCUCAAAUUCUUCCUGUGCUCCAUGUACGCGCCGGUGUGCACAGUGCUGGAGCAGGCGCUGCCGCCCUGCCGCUCUCUGUGCGAGCGUGCGCGCCAGGGUUGUGAGGCGCUCAUGAACAAGUUCGGCUUCCAGUGGCCCGACACGCUCAAGUGCGAGAAGUUCCCGGUGCAUGGCGCUGGGGAGCUGUGCGUGGGCCAGAACACGUCCGACAAAGGCACCCCGACGCCCUCGCUGCUGCCAGAGUUCUGGACCAGCAACCCCCAGCACGGCAGCGGGGGCCACCGCGGCGGCUUCUCGGGGGGCGCCAGCCCAGCAGACCGCGGCAAGUUCUCGUGCCCGCGUGCCCUCAAGGUGCCUUCCUACCUCAACUACCACUUUCUGGGGGAGAAGGACUGCGGCGCGCCCUGCGAGCCCACUAAGGUGUACGGGCUCAUGUACUUCGGGCCGGAGGAGCUGCGCUUCUCGCGCACCUGGAUCGGCAUCUGGUCGGUUCUGUGCUGCGCGUCCACGCUCUUCACGGUGCUCACCUACCUGGUGGACAUGCGGCGCUUCAGCUACCCGGAACGGCCCAUCAUCUUCCUGUCUGGCUGCUACACGGCGGUGGCCGUGGCCUACAUCGCCGGCUUCCUGCUGGAGGACCGGGUGGUGUGCAACGACAAGUUCUCCGAGGACGGGGCACGCACCGUGGCGCAGGGCACCAAGAAGGAGGGCUGCACCAUCCUCUUCAUGAUGCUCUACUUCUUCAGCAUGGCCAGCUCCAUCUGGUGGGUGAUCCUGUCCCUCACCUGGUUUCUGGCGGCCGGCAUGAAGUGGGGCCACGAGGCCAUCGAGGCCAAUUCGCAGUAUUUCCACCUGGCCGCCUGGGCCGUGCCCGCCAUCAAGACCAUCACCAUCCUGGCGCUGGGCCAGGUGGACGGCGACGUGCUGAGCGGAGUGUGCUUUGUGGGGCUCAACAACGUGGACGCGCUGCGGGGCUUCGUGCUGGCGCCCCUCUUCGUGUACCUGUUCAUCGGCACGUCCUUCCUGCUGGCCGGCUUCGUGUCGCUCUUCCGCAUCCGCACCAUCAUGAAGCACGACGGCACCAAGACCGAGAAGCUGGAGAAGCUCAUGGUGCGCAUCGGGGUGUUCAGUGUGCUCUACACGGUGCCAGCCACCAUCGUCAUCGCCUGCUACUUCUACGAGCAGGCCUUCCGGGACCAGUGGGAGCGCAGCUGGGUGGCCCAGAGCUGCAAGAGCUAUGCCAUCCCCUGCCCUCACCUUCAGGGAGGUGGGGGCGCCCCGCCGCACCCGCCCAUGAGCCCCGACUUCACAGUCUUCAUGAUCAAGUACCUUAUGACGCUGAUCGUGGGCAUCACGUCGGGCUUCUGGAUCUGGUCCGGCAAGACGCUCAACUCCUGGAGGAAGUUCUACACGAGGCUCACCAACAGCAAGCAGGGCGAGACCACCGUCUGAGACCCCAACCCGGCCCAUUCCGGGUCCCAGCCUCCCUUCCCCCAGAAACCGGCCCCACUUGGAGUCCACACCGCGCCUGGCAGCCCUGGGCUCCCUCUCUAGACCCUCACUUUCGAAGCUCUUUCCACCAGCGCAGCCUGUGAGCUUCUGUCCUUCCCCGGCAAAGGGACCGCAGCGCUCGACUGCCAGAGGAGUGUGGACCGGACCGGACCGGACCGGACCGCUGCUCUUGCCCUCAUUCUGGUACCAGGACUGUCUGCUUUUAUGAUUGUAAAUAGCCUGUGUAAGAUUUUUAGGACUACAAAGAAGAUGAAAACGAAGCACCGCAUAAUACUCCUGCUCUUCCUUGUGCUCCCUGUCUGCAGGGCCCGAAGCCCACACUGCGGGGUGCCAACGGGCCGGGGUCUCUUCCCACCUACUCCUUCUGCCCUUCCCUUUCUUCCUUGCUUGGUUUGGGGACUCUUAAGGUACAGAACUCCAUAUUCCAAAUCCGGAGGUGGGCUUUCGCCCAUUCCCACUCCUUCCUUGUUUAGGGGCGAAGGCCUGUCCCUUUUGACUGCCAGAAGCUGAAUUUUGAGACCCUUUCCCCCCGACUUCAGAGGGGCCCGGAUGUGGACGCUGGCAUUCCCACCCUUCCUCCACUCUCCUCCAAGGCCCAGACACUCCCUCCUUCCACCUAUGUUGGCUAGAGGCUGAGUGGGCUAACUGAUGCCAAACUUUUUUAAGUCUCAUUUUUGAUGGGUGAGCUCAUUUCAUUCUCUAGUGUCUAAAACCUGGUAUGGGUUUGGCCAGCGUCAUGGAAAGAUGUAGUUACUGAAUGGGGAAGAGGCCUGAAGCAUUGUGUGGGAUGGGACCGAUGAAGAGGGGCUUAUAAAAUGUUAAUUCUAAUUGCAUACUGAUGCCUGGCAAUCUGCCUUGAAGAGUGAGACAGCCCAGUUUAGAUUUUACCCUUCUGUAAAUUGGAAACUAAAGGUCACCUGGAAAGCUUUGUGAAGGAAUUGAUUUUUGCUUUCCUUAGCAGGAUAGCAGAACAUAAACAGGAUGUGAAAACUUGAAGUUUUCAGUGUGAUGGGCCUCCUCAAAAUGAAGUGCUACUUUCUUAUUUUUAAUCAAAUAAUAAUUAGACAUAUAUCAGAAACUUUAAAAUGUAAAAGUUGUACACUUUCAACGUAUUAUUAUGAUUACUAUUCAGCAACACAUUCUGAGGAAGGAACAAUCACCACCACUAAUCAUAACCUAGUAGGAUUCCAGGAGGCAGAGGAAGUAGAAUAAUCAAUGGGGUUCGUUCCUGAAAGAAGCAAGCAGAACAUAGGCCUGCGUGCUAAAGGGAAAAUGUGCAGUCUACUACAUGAAAUCCUGUGGGCCCCUUUUCGGAUUUGCAAAAAUGUGUCAGAUGUAAAUUUUGGAAGCCAUUUAAAAAUAUUCACUUUAGUUCUCUGUGAAAAGGAGAAUGGUCCUCCUGAGCGUAUUGUUUUAAACUUUAAAGAGUUUAUCAAAAUGCCAGUACUUAGGAUCUAAAUUUAUCUGUAUCUGUCGUGCCCUAAAGUGACAUUGGUCUUUGAAUUUGGUAUGCAUUUAUUCUGUUCACUAUCACAAAAUCAUCUAUAUUUAUAGAGGAAUAGAAGUUUAUAUAUAUAUAAAAUGCCAUAUUUUUAAUUUCGCAAAUAAAAAAUCAAAGUUUUGUACAAAAUUCUAUGGUUUUCGUGUCUGAAAAUAAUAGAGCUUGAACUGUCUGAACUGUCUUUACAUUUUAUAGUGGCUCAUAGCCAAUCCCACAAUAUAAAAAUUUAAGAAUUUCAGUGGAAAGGUCUAUCUUUAAACAUUCUGUCCAGGCUUUCUGAAGAAUAGCACUACUUGUGUUGCUGUGAUGGACAUUCAUGGAGUCCCAAAAUGAGAUCUGUUUUUGUGACAGUAGAAAACAGAAACCUAUAAAUUAUUUCUUUAUUUAAAGAAGAUUAUUAAGGAAUAACUAAUUUUAAUAUUAAAGCUUUUUCUUUAAGGGACUAAAUAUACAUGACUUUUUAUAAUAUGGAGGCUUAUUUUUAAAUCACAUUUGUCAUGAUUUUUACGAGGUAUUGUCUUAUCUCUUCCAUAAUCUUGGAUAUUCUAAAACCAUAAAUAGGUGAUCAAUAAAUGGUAACUAAGCAUUUUAAAACA